UUCCCUCCCAAUUCUCUCUCUCUCUCUCUCUCUCUACCACAGUCACUGACUCACUGUCCACUGCUACUCCCACCAACGCCUUUACAAAUUCCUCCAGAUCCAAACCUCCGAACCCCGCAAUUCACCUCAACUCCAUUCAUCAAUGGAGGCGGCGCUGGAGGCGGCCCGAGCCAAGGACGCCAAGGAGAGAAUGGCCGGCGUUGAACAUCUCCACCAACUCCUGGAAGCUUCCAGAAAACCCCUCUCCUCGUCGGAGGUCACCUCGCUCGUCGACUGCUGCUUGGAUCUCUUGAAAGACAACAACUUUAGGGUCUCCCAGGGCGCCUUACAGUGCCUCGCCUCCGCCGCCGUUCUUUCCCGCGAUCACUUCAAGCUUCACUUCGAUGCCCUAGUUCCUCCCACCGUUGAGCGGUUAGGCGAUGGGAAACAGCCCGUUCGCGAUGCCGCUAGGCACCUUUUGCUCACUCUCAUGGAGGUUUCAUCACCAACGAUCAUUGUUGAGAGAGCAGGGACUUACGCUUGGACUCACAGAAGCUGGAGAGUACGGGAAGAGUAUGCACGAACCGUCACAUCAGCAAUUGGUCUUUUUGCAUCCACUGAGCUCCCACUUCAACGUGCUAUUCUUCCUCCAAUUCUGCAGAUGUUGAAUGAUUCUAAUCAUGGUGUGCGAGAAGCAGCAAUAUCAUGUAUUGAGGAGAUGUAUACUCAAGUUGGGCCUCAGUUCGGUGAUGAACUCCAGCGUCAUCAUCUCUCUACGUCAGUUUUAAAAGAUAUUAAUGCCAGGCUAGAGAGGAUUGAACCAAAAGUUCACUCUUCAGAUGGACUUGCGAGUAGUUACACUGCUGUUGAGAUUAAACCUGCCGGCCUAAAUCCUAAAAGGAGUAGCUCAAAGGCCAAGAGUUCCACACGUGAGGUGUCUCUCUUUGGAGGCGAUAGUGAUAUCACUGAAAAACCAGUUGACCCUGUUAAAGUUUACUCUGAGAAAGAGCUUAUAAGGGAAGUUGAAAAAAUUGCUUCAACUCUUGUACCUGACAAGGAUUGGUCUCUCCGCAUUGGAGCCAUGCAAAGAGUUGAAGGUCUUGUUAUUGGAGGUGCAGCUGAUUACCCGUGUUUCAGGGGACUUCUGAAACACCUUGUUGGCCCCUUAAGCACACAGUUGUCUGAUCGAAGAUCUACUAUAGUGAAGCAGGCUUGCCACUUGUUGAACUUCUUAUCUAAAGAGCUCUUGGGAGAUUUUGAAGCGUGUGCUGAAGUGUUCAUUCCGAUCCUUUUCAAGCUUGUUGUGAUAACUGUACUUGUAAUUGCAGAGUCUGCUGAUAACUGCAUUAAAACGAUGCUGCGUAAUUGCAAAGUUGCCCGUGUUCUUCCGCGUAUGGCUGAUUCUGCAAAGAAUGACCGUAGUUCUAUACUUCGUUCAAGGUGUUGUGAGUAUGCCCUCUUGAUAUUAGAAUAUUGGGCUGAUGAACCUGAAAUACAGCGGGCAGCCGAUCUCUAUGAAGAUCUUAUUAAGUGUUGUGUUGCAGAUGCAAUGAGUGAGGUACGAGCAACUGCAAGAAGUUGCUACAGAAUGUUUGCAAAAACUUGGCCAGAGCGUUCCCGGCAGCUGUUGUUGUCCUUUGAUCCUGUUAUCCAAAGAGUAAUUGUUGAAGAGAAUGAGAGUAUGCACAGAAGACAUGCUUCUCCUUCCCUUCGUGACAGAAGUUCACAGAUUUCUUUAACCCCACAAACACCCGCCCCUUCAAAUCUACCUGGAUAUGGAACUUCGGCAAUAGUUGCAAUGGACAAAAGUUCAAGUUUGGCCUCAGGUAUGUCUCCCUCUUCUGGGCUACUGUUUUCACAGUCAAAGGCAGUUGGUCAAGGUACAGAUCGAAGCCUGGAAAGUGUGAUGCAAUCGAGCAAACAGAAGGUUACAGCUAUUGAAAGCAUGCUUAGAGGGUUAGAUACAUCUGAGAAACGUAUUUCAACUCUCCGGUCAUCUAGUUUGGAUCUAGGAGUUGACCCUCCAUCUUCUCGUGAUCCACCAUUCCCUCUUGCGGUCCCCGCUUCACAUAAUCUAACCACCUCUUUUGGGGUUGAUGCAACUACAUUUGGUAUGUCUAAAGGUAACAAACGCAAUGGUGGCUUGGGUAUGUCUGACAUCAUCACCCAGAUUCAGGCUUCCAAAGAUUCAAGUAAAUUAUUGUACCGCAGUACUGUAGGAGCUGAGCCUCUGUCAGCUCUUUCAUCUUACUCAGCUAAGAGAACUCCUGAAAAACUACAAGAAAGAGGUUUCUACGAAGAAAACAGUGAUUCUAAGGAGGGUUGGCGCCCAUGUAAUGAUUCAAAUUACGGGGAAUCACAGAAUAGUUAUGUUCCCAAUUUUCAAAGGCCACUUUUGAAAAAGAAUGCUAUUGGACGAAUGUCCGCUAGCAGGAGGAGGAGUUUUGAUGAUCGCCAGCUGUUACUGGGGGAUAUGUCAAGCUUUUUGGUUGCUCCAGCUUCUCUCAACAAUACUCUUAGUGAGGGACUCAAUCCUAGUUCAGACUGGAAUGCUAGAGUUGCUGCAUUUAAUUAUCUCCGUUCUUUGUUGCAGCAAGGUCCAAAAGGCAUUCAAGAGGUUACACAAAAUUUUGAGAAGGUAAUGAAGUUAUUUUUCCAGCACUUGGAUGAUCCCCACCAUAAAGUUGCCCAGGCAGCUCUCUCAACACUCUCAGAAAUUAUUCCUGCUUGCAGAAAGCCAUUUGAAAGUUAUAUGGAGAGGAUCUUACCCCAUGUUUUCUCACGUUUAAUUGAUCCAAAAGAAUUAGUGAGGCAACCUUGCUCAACAACGCUGGAAAUUGUCGGCAAAACUUAUGGCAUAGAUUCUCUUUUACCAGCUUUGCUUCGUUCACUGGAUGAACAACGGUCACCAAAGGCAAAAUUGGCUGUCAUUCAGUUUGCCAUAAGUUCCUUUAACAAGCAUGCGAUGAACUCUGAAGGCUUUGGUAAUAGUGGCAUUCUAAAGUUAUGGCUUGCUAAAUUGACACCAUUGGCCCAUGAUAAGAACACAAAACUGAAGGAAGCAGCAGUUUCAUGCAUUAUAUCAGUUUACUCCCAUUAUGACUCGGUAGCAGUCCUAAAUUUUAUUCUUAGUUUAUCGGUUGAAGAACAGAAUUCCUUGAGACGUGUCCUUAAACAGUACACUCCUCGUAUUGAAGUGGAUUUGAUGAACUUUAUGCAGAACAAGAAAGAGAGACUGCGUCCCAAGUCCUAUGAUCCUUCUGAUGUUGUUGGAACAUCUUCUGAAGAAGGAUACAUUGGAAUCUCAAGAAAGAACCAAGCCUUUGGAAGGUAUUCUGCUGGUUCAGUUGAUAACACUGGUGGCAAGAACUGGAGUUCUGAACAAGAGUCAAUGCCGGUCACAGGUUCCAUUGGUCAAGUUGCAUCUGAUGAAACCCAAGUGUACUCAUAUCGUAGUCCUGGGUAUUGUGUCAACAUUGAGGUUCUUAGUUCCGAAACCAAGGAUCUGAACUGCAUAGCUAGUAGUGUGGACUGUGAUGUAAAGAUUGAGGCUUCUUCCACACCACGUUUGGACAUGAAUGGAUUGGUGAGCUCCGACCACAUGGGGGUCACUGCAGGCAUUUGGCAUGAUAAUGAUGCUCUGCCUGAAUUGGACCUUGACCAUUCAAAACUUGCCGCUUUGAAGCUUAACUCUGCUCGUGACACAGGUGUGAGCAUUCCUCAAAUUCUUCACCUGAUUUGCAAUGGGAAUGAUGGAAACCCAACUGCUAGCAAGCGUGUUGCACUUCAGCAGUUAGUUGAAGCUUCGAAGGAAAAUGAUCAUUCAAUUUGGACCAAGUACUUCAAUCAGGUUUUGAUGGUUGUUCUUGAAGUGUUGGAUGACUUGGAAUCCUCAAUUCGGGAACUUGCUCUUUCGUUGAUAUUUGAAAUGCUAAGGAACCAGAAGGAUGCCAUGGAGGACUCUAUCGAGAUUAUAAUUGAAAAACUGCUUCAUGUUACCAAAGACAUCAGACCAAAAGUUGCCAAUGAAGCAGAGCAGUGUUUGACUCUUGUGCUGUCUCAAUAUGAUCCGUUCAGAUGUCUUAGUGUUAUCAUCCCUUUGUUGGUGACUGAAGAUGAGAAAACUCUUAUUACUUGCAUAAAUUGUUUAACAAAGCUUGUUGGCAGGUUCUCCCAAGAGGAAUUGACGGCCCAGUUAUCAUCAUUUUUGCCUGCACUUUUCGAGGCAUUUGGAAACCAAAGUGCUGAUGUCCGCAAGACUGUUGUCUUCUGUCUUGUGGACAUCUACAUCAUUCUUGGGAAAGCAUUCUUGCCACGCUUGGAGGGGCUCAACAGCACACAACUGCGGUUAGUGACUAUCUAUGCCAACCGGAUCUCACAGGCCAGAACAGGUACCGCAAUAGAUGCUAACCAUGUGUAGCCGGUUUUUCUGGGAUGGAAAAUAUUGGUGUUCGGGAGAGUCGAAGCAAUAACAAUGAAUCAUCAGUGGUUUUGGGACGGAUGGUUGCGGGGUAAUUGGUCUGUUCAUUCGUUGUUGUCUAUUUUGUCUAUUUUGCGAAAUAUGCAUUUAAGGGUAUGGGUUUUCUUGGUUAUUUUUCUGAUGUAUUUAUUUAUUCUAGACCUGUUUGGGGUGGAAUUGAGAGGGAGAGAGGCGGUAAGCAAAUUUUUGAAUCUGUGCCGUGUCCAUAUGAAAUCCAAGUUAUUGACCUUUGUUGUGUGUAGAGAUGAAUGGAUUCUGGUUUUGGAAUACUCCGCAAUCCGUGGAUGAUAUUGUAUAAUCAUUUGUUCUGUUUUGUUC